CGAAGUAGCAGAUUCACCGUUAUCAACAGCGUCGACAACGAAGGCUAAGAUACAGCAGAUAGAACAUAGGAUGGCUGCCUUUGUCGCUUCUGUUGCUCAUCCGCAUGCUCAUCCACCACCACCACCCGCUCAACCUCAGCCAUUCUUACCUCCUCCAAGUGCUGUUGGUACAGCACAGUAUCCACCACUUUCGGCACCUGUAGGCAAUACAGUUCCCACCUACCUCUCGCUUCCUCCUGCCCAGCCCGUGGCUCUACCUGUUGCCCCACCAGGUGCACAAGUGGUCAAGCCCGUCCCACCCCCACCAGCGCCUACUAAUGCCUCCUCCUCCCCUUCUACCAACACUUCCCCUGCCCCUCUCACACCUCUACACAUAGCAGCCUACGCCCUCCAACCCUGGUGCUGGCGCACCUCCCGUCCACCCGCAUCCAUAGCCCGUGUAACACUGCGCAACAACUUCGUAGCCCUGAGCAUCGUAGGCGUGGCGUGGUACCUCGGGAUCUGGGGGCUCCUAUGGGAAGUGGUGGGGAAUCUUGCCGGAGAGGGGACGGAGAUGGUACUGAAACGACUUCUACUCCUCUCCCUCCUUGCGAACAUCGCCGAAUCAGCAUAUACACUCUCCUACCCCCCUCCCCUCUCCGAGCCUCUGGCAGGUACAGUCCCCUCAUACAAGCCGAGCAGCCUCAGCCCAGCCCAUAGGAAGCUAAUUGAGCGUUCCCUAUCCGACCUACCGCAAACGUCUUCAUCUCCCUUCUUCUCCCCAUCCAGAUCCUCCCUCUCUCGAUCCUCAAGCCUCUCUUUCUCCCGCUCUCCCCACUCCCUAAGGUCCAGCUCGCUCCCCUCCUCCGUCUCUUUUUCCAGCUCGUUGGCAAGCACCCUACGCAGCGCGGACCUCUCGGACCCGCUGAAUCCUAUGAAUCCUGAGAGUCCGUUGAGGGCUUUCGAGGGCCGGAGGAGCCCCAGAGGGGGGAGAGCGUUGGGUGCUGGGGAUCUGGAUAGGAUGAGGAGGGAGAGGUGGUGAUUCUCCUGGGUAGGGUGUAGACAGGUGAGGUAUUGGUGGCGUUGAGUGUGGUGCUGGAUGUUUCAUGAUACCCGUACACGUGCAUUGCUAG